AUGUUGUCGACAAAUUGGGGCGCAUUUUCUAUACUUUUAGCACAUAACCUACUAUUCGAUGAUGAUCCAUCCUCCAUUUUCACUAAAAUUUGCAACCAAACAAAAAUGCAAAAAAGUGCUCAUAUAAUUUUAAAAAAAAUUAAUAAAUUUGAGUUUUUUUGUAAGUUACUGUCUAAACGCAGAACUCGCGAGCCAUUUCUUCACGUUAUCAAAGAAGAAUUCAAUUGUUCAAAAUCUUUUAACAAAAUAGAUUUUAAAAGUAUUUUUUGCUUCUUUUAA